AUGGAUUUCCUGGAUGACAUUCUAUUCCAUCCCAUCGUGGCCUUCACUAAGAACAGCCGCAUGCUGGUGCGCAAGUGCCAGAAGCCGAACUACAACGAGUUCACGACGGCCACCAUGGCAGCGGCGAUUGGCUUCUUAAUGAUGGGCUUUCUGGGCUUCUUCGUCAAGUUAGUGUUUAUCCCGAUCAACAACGUCAUUCUUGGCGCGUGA